GCUAGCUGCUGCCCACCUCAGCCGCGUGCACAUAUAUACCACCACCCUUCCCCUCCCCGAGCCGUGCUCACUGCUCUCUGCAUCAUCCAGCCAGAACCCCGGGAGUGGUGACAGCUUCGGCGAACACAGGGAGAGAUCGGCAUGGGGCGAGGGCGAGCGCCGUGCUGCGCCAAGGUGGGGCUCAACCGGGGCUCGUGGACGCCGCAGGAGGACAUGCGCCUCAUGGCCUACAUCAAGAAGCACGGCCACGCCAACUGGCGCGCGCUACCCAAGCAAGCAGGUUUGCUGCGGUGCGGGAAGAGCUGCAGGCUGAGGUGGAUCAACUACCUGCGGCCCGACCUGAAGCGCGGCAACUUCACCGUCGAGGAGGAGGAGACCAUCAUAAGGCUGCACGGCAUGCUCGGGAACAAGUGGUCUAAGAUCGCGGCGUGCCUGCCGGGGAGGACGGACAACGAGAUCAAGAACGUGUGGAACACGCACCUGAAGAAGAAGGUGGCGCUGCGGGAGCAGCAAAAGGCUGGCGCGGCCAGUAACGGCGGAGCGGCGAGCGGUAACGACGCCGGCACGCCAGUCACCGCUUCGUCUUCGGCGUCCUCCUCGACGACGACCAACAACAGCUCCGGGGGCAGCGACUCCGGCGACCAGUGCGGCACGAGCAAGGAGCCCGACGCGGUCGACGUGCCCCCCCUCCAACUAGAGGACAUCGACGUCUCCGACAUGCUGGUGGACGCGCCCACGGCGGCGCAGCCAAUGCUGUCGUCGUCGUGCUCCUCGUCGUCCCUGACGACGUGCAUCGGCCGCGGCGUGGAGGAGCUGAUCGAGCUGCCGGUGAUCGACAUCGAGCCGGAUAUCUGGAGCAUCAUCGACGGCGAGUGCGCCGACGCCUCGGGCGCGCGCCAUGGCGAUGCAACAGCCCCAUGUACGGGCGCCGCCAUCAGCACCACCAGCGUAGCAGGGGAGGAGGCCGCGAACGACGAUUGGUGGUUGGAGAAUUUGGAGAAGGAGCUAGGCCUGUGGGGCCCAGUAGGGGGUCCUCAGGACCAUACGGGCUUGGGCCCACUGGUCGACUCUGAGAGGGACCCAGUCUCCACCUACUUCCAGACCGGGCCCUCCAAUGCUGAAACUGAAUUGCUAGAUGUGGAACUCGAGCCAUCAUCUGCAGUUCUGCUAUGAGCAUCAGAAUUCAGAACACGGAAAGAUCUGAUCGGACGGACAUGAUCAAUUGGUACACUACCACCAGCAACGGCUACAAGAGCAACGAACAGCUUGGAGAUGUUCGAUGCAAACCCGGGAGCCAUCUGUUUGAUGAGGUGGCAAGUAUCCCACUAUCCCUAGGUCAAUUAGAAUGCACAUACAAAAGGGCAAAUCCGUCCAAGAAAGAGGCCAAGUAGUAGUGAAAAAACAAGUCCUCUUUUAACAGCUUAACGCAGAUGUAGCUAAUUAAGGUUUGAUUGGUAUGGAACACGGCGCUCCGGUGCUGAAGGAGGCAACGAGAAGUGCUGUACGCCAUCUGUGUUGCUUGGUUUGUGCAGCGUGCAUGUAGCAUGUCGUCAUCGUGAUGUAAGCUCUUGAUCAUCCAAAAGAGUCCUACUCCUACCACUACCGACCAUGUAUGAUGAUGCCUUUUGUGAAUCAUCACCGGGCUCUGAUUAUGCUUUGGAACGCUUUUGCUUUUGAUAAUGCGAUGUAACCUUUUUUUAUCUCUCC